AUGCCCUACCUACCCACCUCCCAGGCCUACCUGGAGCAGUCAGCGCAGUUAUUACAAGCGUACCCAGACACAACCCGGAUAGUAACAAAAUACAACUUCCCCACAAACCGACGAGGAAACCUAAAGCGAGCCCACAAAUCGCAAGUCCGAAAAGACGCCGCCAAACCCACCGAUGCUCCUUCCACCACACCCGCACCCCCAUCCGCCGCAACCGCAACCCUCACUCUGAAAACAUUCAACCCAACCACCGGGAUCUGUCUGCACUACCGUACAAACAAGGCGCAGGAAGUCGGCCGUCUGAUUACGAGUCUGGGCAAGCUGGCUGCCGGCGCUGAUGUAGCGGGUUUGGGGUUAUCGGCUGCGGUGCCUGCUGCCGGCGCGGAUGUGGAGAUGACUGAUGCUCCUGCUCCUGCUCCUGCUGAGGAGAUCGCGCCGGUUGCUGGUAAGGCGCAGGGUCAAGCUCAAGGUCAGGGUCAGAGUGCGAAGGGGAAGAAGAAGGGUGGGAAGGGGAAGCGGUAA